UCGCGCGGCGGCAUAGCUCAAUCUUCUCCUGACCGCGAACGGUGUCGCACGCUCGCGGCCGAACAUUGCUUAUUCGCAACUUUGCUGCUUACUGUCCAGUUGCGGGAGAAGUCGCCGGGUUUCGGUUACCGGGUGUCAUUGAACGUGAACGUGAACAGUGUGUUUGUGUAGUUUCUAGCCCGAAGAUAUUACCUAGUGUUAGACAACAACAUGGCAUCACGAACCAUCGCGCUACUUGCCGCAGUAGCACUUAUGGGCGGUUUGGUAACAGCCCAGGAUACGCUCGACGACUUAUAUCUGUCGCUGUACAAUCUGACUGAAAACAAAAACACUGUUACGGAAGCACCCAAACCAACUGUUGUGGCUCCCGUCACACAGGCACCUAUACCUCCUCAGCAACGCUAUACCUGCACCGGGGAAUGUGUGCAGUAUUAUCUGUGCAGCGACAACCAGAUCAUUACGGACGGUGCCGGCAUUAUCGACAUUCGUGUCGGAGAAGAUGCGACGGAGGAGUCUGAGUGUCCCCACUUCCUAAACACCUGUUGCGAGAAGGAUUCGGUGCUUGUUGAACCGCCACCAACCGCAACCAAGGCUCCACCAACGAAUGAUGGUGGCCCUGGACCACGCCGACCAACCUGUGGAUUCCGUAAUGCCGAUGGGUUGGGUUUCCGCAUUACCGGAAACAAGAACGGUGAGUCGGAAUACGGUGAGUUCCCAUGGAUGUUGGCCGUAUUGCGCGAGGAACGCGUUGCUGAUAACAAUCUCAACGUGUACGAGUGUGGUGGUUCCCUGAUUGCCCCGAACGUCGUUCUGACUGCGGCUCACUGCGUGUUCAACAAGCAAAAGGAGCAACUGUUGAUUCGUGCCGGUGAAUGGGAUACACAGACUCGCGAUGAAUUGUACUCACAUCAAGACAGACGUGUGGCUGAGGUCAUCACCCAUGAAGCCUUCAACAAAGGUUCGCUAGCAAACGAUGUGGCUCUACUCAUCCUGAACGAACCUUUCCAACUGGCGGAGAACGUACAACCGAUCUGUCUUCCACCGAAGGGAACCUUGUUCGAUCACAGCAAAUGUUUUGCUUCUGGUUGGGGUAAAAAUGUGUUCGGCAAGGAGGGAAAAUAUCAGGUGAUCCUGAAGAAGGUGGAGCUUCCGGUUGUGCCACAAGGCGACUGCCAAAAGUCACUGCGUACCACUCGUCUGGGCAAGAGAUUCAUACUUCACCCGAGCUUCCUGUGUGCCGGAGGUGUUGCCGGACAGGAUACGUGUCGCGGUGACGGUGGUUCUCCGCUCGUCUGUCCGAUUCAAGGUUCAUCGACGCACUACUACCAGGCCGGUAUUGUUGCGUGGGGCAUCGGAUGUGGUGAAAACGGUAUCCCCGGAGUGUACGGUAAUGUGGCCUUCUUCCGUGAUUGGAUCGAUCAACAAUUGGUAGAACGUAGUAUCUUAGCUCGAGAAUACGUCUACACACCAUAAGCUCACAUGACUAGACGGACUGUAACGUAUCAGAGACAAACUUUUGAUUAAUGUGCAGCAGGUACUAAUGUAUUAGGAUUAUAAUAAAAAAAAACAGCUGUAGUACAUACAAA